AUGCUCGGGUACCCACAACUUGACAUCGGUGACCUCGAUGCUGUCAACCAUGGCUGGAAAACCAUUUUGGUCGCAGCAAACGGGGCAAACGGGUCGGACCCCGUACAGCUGAAAUUUUCCCCAGACACACCUUUCCAAACCUUUCUUGACUGGAGCGGGCCCAAGGUCAACGUCACGCCUGCGCGACGCGCAUUCACAGAGACCGGCGACGAAAUUCAGGACUUCGACCAGCUCCUCGAUGACGAUGUCGUGUAUAUCUCUAAAGGCGAGGAUUUUUGCAAGGGGGGGGCCGACAAGACAACGGAUGUAAUUGGAGGAUACGUCGUGAAAGAGCUGCUCGGAGAGGGUGGCUUCGGUAGAGUCAUGAAAGCUGUCCACCCUGAAACAGGAGAGAUCGUUGCAAUCAAGCUUAUAAACAAAAGAUCAUUCAACGAGAUCACCGAUGCUGACCGCGUUUUCGUCGAGAUCCAGGCACUGAGAGAUCUUUCUCACAAGCACGUGAUAAAGAUGAAGGACGUCGUUGACAACCCAAAGUACAUCUGCUUCAUCAUGGAGUACGCGACAAAUGGCGAACUGAGAAAUUAUGUGUCAAAAAAGACACGCCUGAAGGAAGAUGAAGCCAGGCAAUUUUUUGAACAGAUUAUCAAAGGUGUUCAUUACUGCCACUCUAAAAACAUCGUGCACCGGGAUCUGAAGCUUGAGAACAUUUUGCUGGACGAGGGCAACCAAUGCAAAAUCGCGGACUUUGGUCUGUCUCACUUCGUGGUCGACAGUCACGCGACUGUCACGGAAGGAGGGACUCAGGCGUACCUCGCUCCAGAAGUCUGGAAUGGACAGUCAAAGCACUCAAGUCCUUUUCAGCUGGAUGUCUGGGCACUUGGAGUGAUUCUGUUCGGCAUGACACAUGGGCGUCUCCCGUUCGAGAGGCCAGACCGGCACACGCUCGAAAAGCUGAGGACGCAAAAGCAGAUUCAUCGAAUCCGAGCAGAUCCCCCUCCCAAGAUGGCUGUCCCUCGUCUGAAGCAGUUCCGCCGGCAGGCACGACGAUCGACGACGCUGUGUAUGUCAAUCGUUCUGUUUUGA